GCGAGAAGAGAAUCUGGCAGUUCAUGACAAGAGGUUGAAGGGAUAGGCGUUGUGCACGACAGCUCUGGCAAGGAGCCGACUUCUUCGGAGAAGAAGCGCGAGCCACAGAAGACGAUACGCGAUGAGGUGGCGGAACAAACCAGAUACAUGAAAAGGAUGAAAAGAUUCUCGGAGCCGAUGAUUGACGAGGAUGAAGGUGACGUCGGAAAACGUGCCUUGGGAAAAAGGACGCCAAGGAUGUGUGGCGGAGAAGAAGAAGAAGUAAAUAAGAGGCAGUCGAAGCAAGAAGCUUCAACAACAAGUAAGAAAGCGAAGAGGGACGACGGUUUGACCAUCGGCGAAGGGCAAGCUAUGAGUGGAGGAGAUUCGACUCGUCAAGGCAUUGCCGCCGCGAGAGAACCUUCCCAGAAAUCUAAAAGAAAACUGACAGCUGAAGAAGGGGAUCGCCAGAAGAAAACUCGCAGGAGGAAGACUGGUGAGGGGACGAGUGGUGGCGAAAGGACGGUUGGUAAGCAAUACAAUGAAGCGGCGGCGUUUUGGCUCCAAUACGAGCGAAACGAUGACGGUGAGAUCGUGGAGAAGGAGCACCCAAUUCAACUGGUUAUCGAUCCGAGGAAGGUCUGCGAUAUCCCGCCAUGGGAAAGAUAUUAUAAUCACCGCAGUCUCACUCGGGAUGUUGUGGAGGACAUCAAGAAUGCAAUGCUAAGGCAGUUCCGCGAGGAGAAGGCAAAUAUAUGGACGGAAAACGCUUUGGUUUUGGCUCCCAUAUACAAGCCGGUGACGCAGAAGCCGAAGAGAGCUCAGAGGGUUCACAAGGAUGUCUUCAAGCCAGAGGACAAGGACAAAUACUUCUAUGACCCCGUGAAUGGACAACACACUGUGACUUCUGUGAAGGAAUUGGAUGGUGAGCCAAUAUUCGAACUGUGGAAGAUGCACUCGUGGCCAGCGAGAGUUGUGUGGUUCUCCGAUGAAGACUUUGGGGGGUAUUUGCAGGUCAGUCUAGCGGAGAACACAAGACACACGAUGUCUAUGCAGCGUUCGCAGAAGGCCGCUUUCGAGGACAUGCGGGAGGCAUGGGAGAAGCAGGGAAGUCCCAACGACGCUCAUUGGAGGAUGACACGUAAAGCGACAACGCUCGCCGACAAGGACAAAGUUGCGGCUAUUUGCAAUGCAUUGAGGCAAUGGAUGCCGCUUGUGACAGUCGGUGAUGAGGUUUUCCGGAAAGGGAUGGAUUUUUACGAUAAGUGGGACGAGGGAAAGUUGUUAGGCGGAGACGGGAAAACGUCGUUGUCGAAGCCUGGCAAAUACAUGCCAGACAAUUUUUCUGGGCUUCAAGCGAUUCUGGAAAUUGGCGUGAAAGGGGCAGCUGGUGAGACAAAGAUGAGGUGGUUAGUCCGGGUCCCUCCGCCUCAGACAAAAAAGAAAACGCAAUUGGACGACAAUUUUUUCGUCGUCGUGAAGGAGUCAGACAUGUUCUGUUGGCAAUCUCUCGCUGACAUGACCGAUGAUGAAAAACUGUCGAUCCUCGAUUACAUUUUCGUGCUUAAGGGAGAGUUCGUGCAAUCGGCGGGCGAACAUUUCAAACGACAACAUAAGUCGGAAAUUAAAGAGAUGGUUGCGACGAGGACAGUGGAUCGAAUUUUGCUCCGAAUGUUCCACUACGUCUUGUUCCUUGAAUUUGAGGAGGAUGCCGAGGUUUGGCGCUAUAGAAGCCAGUUUUUUCAGACCGAACAACAGCUUAUGGCGGAGUUCGCGCCACAGGGCCUCACAAAGCAGCGUCUUUCUACACACUCGAAACGACACCGUCUCGUUGCAUUGAUUGGCACAUGCCUCAACCUCCGGCCGGUGGUCAGCAUCCGGGAGGCGGUGGAGGAGGUGACGGAGGAGACGUCUCAGGAUCUGAUCUGUCAGAAAGUGGUAAGGCGAAACCUCGUCGGAAUCAAAGGGCUCCCUGAGCAUCUGAGUGUAGUAAACCCCGAAAGGAGCCCACAGGACGUCAAUGCGUAUGCAGGCCAAAAGCUCGACGAGCUCUACGACAACAAAAUGUUGGAGUUUCGAGCGUCUUUCUACACACUCGAAACGGCACCGUCUCGUUGCAUUGAUUGGCACAUGCCUCAACCUUCGGCCGGUGGUCAACAUCCGGGAGGCGGUGGAGGAGGUGACGGAGGAGACGACUCAGGAUCUGGUGCUGACAAAGCAGAGGGGAAAGGAUCGGGCACAGAGGGUUCUGGAGAAAAGCGAUCUGUCGGAAAGUGGUCACGCGAAACGUCAUCGGAAAAGGGUCCGGCGGAAAGGGGUCUGGCAAAAAGGGGUCGGGCGGAAAGCGUAGAGUGUUCGGGAAGCAAGAGUACAGCAGCUCCGGGGGUAGACGAGCUCUCACAGGAAGCGUAUGAUGUGCAGCGGGAAGAGGAGACUCAACACUGGCAGCCUCACAAAGUGUUGGAGGGGCUCGAUGCAGGAGUGUUGGAGACCGGGGCUAGCGAGCAUCACUGUCAUGCUUCGGGGGGGGUGUCCGUCGAUUUUGAGAGCAAGAGUACAGCAGCUCCGGAGGAAGAGGAACUCUCACAGGAAGCCCAUGCUGGUGACGUUAAGGGAGGUCAGUGGACGUUUGUGGAAGGCAAAGACCGUGGGGAGGAAGGACGUGCGUGGACGUUUGUGGAAGCUCAACUUCUUGGUGAAGAGGAAGGCGAAGAAGAACCCGUGGUGGAAGCUCGGCUUCAUGGGGAUGAGGAAGGCGAAGAACCCGUGGUGGAAGCUCGACUUUUUGGCAGUGAGGUGGCGGUCGGCGUCCAGAUGGAUCCAAAGAGGAAAGAUCAUGAUUCUUCAUCCACCCUAUGCGGUGAAGAACAAGGUGAUCGAGCGUCUGUCCUGAGUACCGGUCGGAAAAUGGUACUUCAUGAAGCCAUCGAGUUGGUUAACGACUCAGCUGCCAUCGAGCUGGUUAGCGACUCAGUCGUGACCGAGCUGCAGAACAUCGAAUCCUCCGUGGACGUUGGCACAGUGGCGCGACAGGAGGCCGAUUCCCUCGACGGACUUCCGACCACUCUAAGAUUUGUGAAUAGUUCCGGGUCAGGUUCAGGUUCCUCAGUACUAUCAACUUUCAACAUUGCUGACCUUGGAUGCUCCUCAGGCAGGAACUCCAUUCAACAGACGGCCAUGAUUAUUUCAGCUAUUCAAAAGAGGUCUUGGAUUCGUUCUGGUGCUGUUGAAAAGGGACCAACGAAUCAAGGUUGUGUGAUAACCUCGCCAACGAGGCCACCUAGUUGCCGAGACAGGGAUGCAGACAGUUCUGGACAGAAAGUGCAGAGUCUGAGGGCGAAUGAUUACCACCAUCAAGACCCAGAAAAUCAUGAUUGUGUGGUAACGCCACUACCGACGCCACCUUGUUGCCCCGACAUUGAUGUGAACAAUUCUGGGCUGAAAGGGAUUGGAGGGAAUGAUCACCAUCAUCCGGACCCACAAAGUCCUUUGGAGCAUCACAAUUUCAGUGCGACAGUUCCCGAUCGUCCUGCUGCCAUGGUCUUCUUCUCCGAUCUGCCAUCAAAUGACUUCAACACUCUCGUCAAGACUUUGUGUAAUGCACCAUCCACUCCUGCACUAUCACCCUUGGGUGGCCCCGCAGGAAGCGCACAAUCAUUCUUACAGAGAGAAGGGAUACCUUUGGCUGUUCUUCCCGGGUCCUUUUAUGAAACGCUGUUUCCGCCACACUUUCUUCAUUUGGUAACAUGUAACUUUGCCCUGCACUGGAUGUCCAAGCUCCCAGAUGAACUGGCCUUUGCUGGUAGCCAGAAAAACUCGGAGUUCUGCAAUCCAGGAACAAUAUGGCUACAUGCAUCACAGUCGCAGGCGUGGAUUGAUGCGUACUCUGCCCAAGCAAAAAGUGAUCUGGUUAAGUUUCUUGCACACAGAGCGCAGGAAAUGGUGUCAGGGGGUGUGUUAUGGAUGUUGAUGGGGGGCAGAACAGAUCCGGAUCCCGCAUGUCGAAAUGUGCCAGAGAACUAUGGCAAACAAUUUCUAAAACUGGUUGAAGAUGCCUGGCGAACGCUCAUUGCCAAAGGUUCCUUAACCCAAGAAUCUCUCGAUAGGUUCAAUGUUCCUGUCUAUUUAAGGUCUACAGAGGAUAUCCAGGAGGCAGUAGAUGCCCUAGAUGGACAGCCCUUCCAGAUCGAACAUCUCUGUUCUGUUCCCAUUUUACCACCUUUUGAUGAGCGUUACAGGCAAAACAGAGAUGAAGAGGAGUUUGCGGUGAAAGUGGUGGGGCAACUGAGAGCUGUAAUGAAGCCAAUGAUAGCAUCAGCGAUAGGGAAAGAAAAUGCCAACAAUCUGAUGGAGGAGAUGAAGGUCAUACUGCGCGCAGAAGCGGACCAGUACCUGGACGAGUGCGUAGGCACAGCAGUUAUACUGCGCCGUAGGUAAUGUGGCAGGCAGGAAUCACAGUACUGGAGCCCUCAAUCAGGUCCCUUCUUACAACACCUGCUGAAUUUUUGGAGUCAAAGGCCUCUUCACAAAUAACAUGACCACAAUUACACGCCCAGACAUAUGCACACACCCCAACAUAUAGACAUGCACACAAUAGAGGUAAUGCUGUUUCAAUUUUGGAUCCGCUCAUCUGGGUGGAAAAGGGGUUGUUGUGGUGAUAGGUUACACACACACACACAGCGAGAGAGAGAGAGAGAGAGAGAGAGAGAGAGAGAGAGAGAGAGAGAGUUAUGGUAACAGUUUACACACACACACACACACACAGAGAGAGAGAGAGAGAGAGAGAGAGAGAGAGAGAGAGAGUAUCAUCAAAUCUGAUAGACGCUGCAGGGCGAUUAGCACUGGCUGGUCUGCUUAUGACUGUCACUUAUUGUGCAAUAACCCAUGCCAUAUGUUUCGUGGAACUGAGGGCCAUCAGAAGGCCUACUUGGCCGCCCUCAGCCCAGGCCAAAUAAGGGCAGAAAAGGCCCUUCACGAUUUCAGGGCCUGGGCGUGUGACAGUUGACCUCGGUCAACUGUCGGUCCACCCAACAGUCAAAGUCCAAAGGUACCUAGCCCAGGCCGCAGGUCAAGCACACACAUUUGCUUCUGCAGGUACCCAGACAGCAUCAGGUCCAAGGGAGAAGUCUGCAACUGUGCAAUCCGGGCCUUGAGAUGUGAGUCAAUCUGGACGACUGGAGGAAAGGCACCCGAGGCCAGACAGCCUCGACGACUGCUACAUAAGGCUGCCCUCGAGCAAGUCCGGCAUGGAGUCUUGCUAUGCUGCUUUGACACUGGCCUGACUUUGACACGGCGCCGGCUUCAGGCUGGCUCUGCGCUGGCAUUGCGGACGACGACACGCGGUAGAGGCAGCAUGCUGGCGUUUCUUCAGUGCGCCAGGCCAUACUGAUCUGGCGCUGCCUCUGGUACAUGUGGCGCUGCCUCUGGUCUACGUGGCAUAAUGAUGUGGCGCUGCCUCUGUUACAUGUGGCGCUACCUCUGGUCUACGUGGCAUGCUGACGUGGCGCUGCCUCUGGUACAUGUGGCGCUACCUCUGGUCUACGUGGCAUGCUGAUGUGGCGCUGCCUCUGGUACAUGUGGCGCUGCCUCUGGUCUUCGUGGCAUGCUGACGUGCCGCUGCCUCUGGUACAUGUGGCGCUGAUUUUGGUAUACGAGGCAUUGCUAUUGGUCUACACUUAUUGAUGUGGCACAUGCCACCUGUCUUGGUUGCUGAGGUGGCAUUGUCCACGCUGUUUGCAUGAGGUGACUAGUUGCAAGGGAGAGGAAGAUCGGGAUCUGUGGUUAUAGAGGAUCAGGUACUCACUUGUGGCUGACGUCGUCACUGGAUAUUUGCUGUGUCUUCAGAGUCUUCAGGAGAUAACGUGACUUUUUUUUUUUUUUUUUUUUUUUUUUUUUUGAAAGGGCCCAGUGCCCAAGGCUUGUAUUAAUAUUUGAGAAAAUUGAGGCUGGGGUCCUCACAGUCUACCCGGGGUAACCAACAUAUGAUGCUGAGGAUGAUGAUACUAAAAACGGAUGAUUUUCUGCUAAUCAGAAUCAUGAUGUCAGACCCGUCACACAUUAGGUACUAGCCAAUAAGGAAGAGUGAUCAGGAGGGUUAAUCAGAAUGUUCACUACUCAGAACUUCAACAUAGAACCCUAACCUAAUUUCAGUUAUUUCUACCAAUUCCAGCAAUUAUCAUCUGAUGCUGUUCUGUGUACCAACCCCACCUCUACCCAGUCUCAUACCCUCUAUUUAGCUAAGUUACAGGGCAGCGCUACCUACCCCAGCUCCGACCAUCGUUGGCAGGAUUGUUACCCUCGGUCAAAUUACUGGAAUGCCUUCCUCCCUCAGCAAUCCCCAGAACUCUCUACAAGACCUCAAGCUCCUAGUAGUCUAGGUUAUAACGUGCCACGUGGCACUACUGUAUGAAACCAGGAUUA